UAAGAAGAAGAAGAAGAUGUGAGUCCGCAGUGUUUUAUAGAGAAACAGGAUCUGAUCUGCUGCAGGAUGAAAAAUGUUUAAUAAGAGGAUCGUCUUACAAAUAUCGAACGUGAGAGACAUUCAGAUUUGAGAAUAUGGUUUCCAGAAGAUCCAGAACUCAGAAAAUAUCCUCUGCAUCUGAUCACGUCAGCGCGCCUCACAGGAAAACGCAAGGAAAUACCGUCAAAAAGAAACCGUAUCACUGCUCAGAGUGUGGAAAGAGCUAUAGUGAACAAGGGAAUCUCAAAAAACACCAGAAAAUUCAUACUGGAGAGAAGCCGCAUCGCUGCUCGGAGUGCGGGAAGAGCUUUAGAGAACGAGCGACUCUCAAAAAACACCAGAGAAUUCAUACUGGAGAGAAACCGUACUGCUGCUCAGAGUGCGGGAAAAGUUUUACCCAGCAGAUUCAUCUCCAACUGCACCAGCUAAUUCAUACCGGAAAGAAACCGUACCGCUGUUCAGAAUGUGGAAAAACCUUUAAUCAAGCAGGUCAUCUCCAACUGCACCAGAGAAUACAUACUGGAGAGAAGCCAUAUCGCUGCUCAGACUGUGGGAAGCAUUUCAGUCAACCGAGUAAUCUGCAAACACACAAGCUAAUUCAUACUGGACAGAAACCUUAUACGUGCUCACAAUGUGGACGGAGUUUUAGAGGGAGUGGUGCUCUCAGAAAACACCAGCGUAUUCAUACCGGAGAGAAACCCUAUCGGUGCUCAGAGUGCGGGCAAAGUUUUCGAGGGAGCGGCACGCUAAAAAUACACCAGCGAAUACAUACCGGAGAGAAACCCUAUCACUGCUCAGACUGCGGGAAGAGGUUUACUCAGCUGAGCAAUCUCCAAAGACACCAGAGAAUUCAUACCGGACGCAAACCGCACCAGUGCUCGCACUGCGGGAGGAGUUUUACUCAACGGAGUAGUCUCCAGAUUCACCAGCGGAUUCAUACCGGAGAGAAACCCUAUCACUGCCCGGAUUGUGGACACAGUUUUGCUCAACAGAGUAAUCUCCAAAUACAUCGGCGAAUUCACACUGGAGAGAAACCGUAUCACUGCUCAGACUGCGGGAGAAACUUCAGACAUUUAAACAUUAAAACACACAGAUGCUUCAAACAAAGACAAAUACAAUAACGAGGGAAAAAUAUACUUAUACCUUGUAAAAUGGACUUUUGUUGUAGUAAAACAUG